UUUGUGAGAGGAAUCGUCAAGAGGAUUCAGGCUUGAGAUGAUCUACGUGUUGGCGUUCGCUGGAUCAUUGCUCCUCCAACAACUUGUGGCUUCAGCGUCAACGACAUCCAAAGUCCGACGUGAGAUCUUUGCGCUUGAUGGUAAUGGACAACCAGUGGCGUGGUGGGUAGUCCUCAAACUGCCGUGGCAAGUCCGCGAUGCACAGGGCCAGUACAUUCCAACGCCGUGUGACUGCGAGAAACCGCAAUGUUCCAACGUGAAAAUGGACGCCCCCGAGGAGCGGAAACAUGGUCUUUGUUAUCUAUAUGCCGACGCGAACAACCCGACAUUGCGCCACUUUCGUGAUGUCGGAUACGAUUGCCUAGGCCAGGGGGGCAACGACCCAGUCAGUCACACGUUGCGCCAAGCAAGAAAUGCCACAUAUUGGGCCAUUUUCAAUGACCAGUUCAACGGGAUCGCUGAGAAACUGGACAAGACGCGAGUGUGUUCAGGAGGUGACUUGUUCAACGCCCAUGCGAAAGGAGCUGUUGCGUUCGAGCCAAGCACGGGAGGGUAUGUGCUGCAAACGUCGACGCCAAACUUUCCAGAUCCCACGACUGCCACGUCAGAUAUUGGCGAUGACUUCGUUCGUUUGGGGUGCCAACACGAUAACAAUGUCGAGUAUGCGCAACACUUGUUCGGCAUGUCGCUCGCCGAAGGCGCCAUCAAGAUCAUGGGGCAGGGCUGGCAGGCGGCCCGCCUUUGCUCGGCGAAUCACUAUCGCGACAUGCACGAGCUUUUGGCCAGUGACGCAUUGCGCCACGCCGACUUAAGGCACCACCCAGUGGCCACUGCGUUGGUCGAUUCAAACGCAGCCAACCGUCCGACGACCAACGUCUCGGUAAUGACCAAAAUCGGAUCCGUGCGAAUUCGAGGGCUGUUCAAAGACAAGGGAUCAGCAGUGCCACCGUGGGCGAUGGCCGCGAAGGGGUUUGGGACCGACUUGAGUGUGGCGUCUUGGUGGGACGAAAAUUACGGCAUCCCCAGUCUUUGCGAUGGCGAUGUAUAUGGAGUUGCUCGUGGCGCGUUUUGUUUGACGAACAACCCCCUUUCCCUCCGACCGGACGGCACGUUCCCAUUUAACGUUGAAAACCUCAUGGAUGCAGAGAUCGUGUGGCACGGUCCACAUGGCGACGCAAAACUAACUUGGUCGUUGCGAGGUGGCCGCGUGCGAGACGGCAACCAUGCAAAGUGGGCAGUUGCAUCGCCUCGGAGUACCACAAACGCGACAUCUCCAGCGCUUUCGAUAUUCGCCGACUUGAACAUGGAAGGCUUUCCAUGCUCGAAAUCGUGCAAUGGGUCCCAAGGAGGACGAGGUGGAUCAUUCUACGCCAUCGAAGACCCUGUCCUUCAUUCGAGCUUGGUUGGGAUGGUGUCGGGUGUAUGUAAAUGUCUCCCAUCCACUCGACAAGACGACUCAUUCGUCACGUUUCGCAUGUGCGACAACGGGUGCAAGCACAAGGUGGAAGAGUACUUUGUCAAGAGCGACCUCCCUGCUCUGUCAAAUGCAACAUCGUCGUUCUGGAGCCGCCAGCAUGGCCUCCGACCCAUCGCUAUCGACAAUACCCCACUAGCACUGUCGUGAGGAUUAUUCCACAGAAAAUCCCUCAAAUAAUUUCGUUUCAAUGGCAUUAUUAUCCGGA